AUGGAGGCCAUCAAGAAGAAGAUGUUGAUGCUCAAGCUGGACAAGGAGAACGCUUUGGACCAGGCUGAGCAGGCGGAAGCCGACAAGAAAGCGGCUGAAGACAGAAGCAAACAGCAUGAGGACGAGCUCCUGCAAAUGCAGAAGAAGCUCAAGGGGACAGAAGACGAGCUGGACAAAUACUCAGAGGCGCUGAAGGAUGCUCAGGAGAAGUUAGAAGUGGCUGACAAGAAGGCGGCUGACGCUGAGGCGGAGGUGGCCUCCCUGAACAGGCGCAUCCAGCUCGUGGAAGAAGAGUUGGACCGAGCCCAGGAGAGGCUGGCCACCGCUCUCCAGAAGCUGGAGGAGGCAGAGAAGGCUGCCGACGAGAGCGAGAGAGGCAUGAAGGUGAUCGAGAACCGGGCCCUGAAGGACGAGGAGAAGAUGGAACUCCAGGAGAUCCAACUUAAGGAGGCCAAGCACAUCGCAGAAGACUCGGACCGCAAGUACGAGGAGGUUGCUCGCAAGCUGGUGAUUGUGGAAGGCGAGUUGGAACGUACGGAGGAGAGGGCGGAGCUAGCAGAAGCAAAAUGCGCUGAACUGGAGGAGGAACUGAAAAACGUUACCAACAACCUGAAGUCCCUGGAGGCUCAGGCGGAGAAGUACUCCCAGAAGGAGGACAAAUACGAAGAGGAGAUCAAGAUUCUGACAGACAAGCUCAAAGAGGCUGAGACCAGAGCUGAGUUUGCUGAGAGGUCUGUGGCUAAGCUGGAGAAGACCAUUGAUGAUCUGGAAGACGAGCUGUACGCACAGAAACUCAAGUACAAAGCCAUCAGCGAGGAAUUGGACCACGCACUCAAUGACAUGACCUCCAUGUAA